AUGGCGCCAAGUGCCACACCUAACGUCCGUCGAGGCGAUGACGGUAACGCUUCCCGCGACAGCAACGACCAAGUCUCAGCUCGGGAAUCACCGGAGCAAACCACCUCGUCGUCGGUCGGCGACAAUCUCGCCCAGGCCCUUCGAGACCUUGCAAGGGGUGAACAAACGGCCAACACGCUUGAGGCGAACCUGACUAGUCUUGAAAGCAAGCUGGACCAGAUCUUGGCGUCGUUUGGGAUUUCGCCUGAGGAGUUGGAUGGGUUGGACGAAAAGGAGGGGAAGGGGGAUGAGAAGGAUGGGAAGAAGCACGGAGAGAAGGAAGUUGACGGGGAGAAUAAAUGA